AUGGAGGAUGGAGAUCUAAUGGAAUUUGUGGAGCCUCUGAUUGUUGCAGAAAUCAUGGGAGGAAGGCAAGGCUUCUUUAUCUGCCAUUCUGAUUCCAUGGAGGUCGAUCAAUAUUUGUCUCCUCUUCCUCAACAAUACCAACUGAAACCGGGCAACCUUUAUUUUGAACUCCCUGUAAAUAAGCUUGAAUUCCGUUUGCGCGCUUCUGACAUGGCUGCCAUGGCUAUACAGGCCUGUGCCGCAAUGAGACAAGCUAAUGAUGGAAAGAAGUGUAGCUGUAAAAUCAUGGCUUUUCCGUGCAGAAAAAAGGGACAAUUGGGAGGAGAAUUAGAAGAAUUGAAUUUUGCUAGAGGAUAUUCAGAAAAAGUAAGCACAGAAGUAAAUCUGCAGUGCCUAACUCCCAUGAGCCGGAAGGCGUGGCAAUCGAGGCUGCCCACUAUACCAGAGGGCUUGGCUUGUUGA